AUGGAGGGCCUCAAGCGCAAGCACGUCGUAUUCGAGGGACAGGUGGACGGCCCGCCAUACGACGAGCAGCCUGCGGCCGAGCAGGCGGCGACCGCCAUUCCCGGCCUGCAUCCCAGUCGUGCUCAGGUCGUCGACUGGGUCCAACCUGCCAAGAAGCCCAAGCAAGCAAACAAGACCAAGUCGGACAAGAAGAAAAAGUACCUCGCCAAGAAGCAGCGCAACCAGCGUGCGAAGAAGGUCGCUGCCAAGGCUUCCAAGCCGAAGAACAGCACCUGGGACGGCGACGAGGAUGGCGAGAGCGACAGCGACGACAGCGACGAUGAUGAGGAAGAGGGAGCAAAGGCCGGCCCAUCAACUACCACAGAGGUGGCUACGGUGAAGAAGACGGCCGAGGAGGAGGAGCGUGAGCUUCGCCAGGCGGAGAAGGCCGCCAUCCGUGAUGCCCGUCGCGAGGAGCGCAAGGCCAAGAGGAAAGCGGAGCGGUUGGCACGUGCGGCCAAGGAGGCUGCUCAGGCCGAAAAGGCUGCCAAGGCUGCUGCAAGGGAGGCAAGGGAGGAGGCACGGGCCGCUGGCAUGGAUGUUGAGGACGAGGAGGAGGUGGAAGAGGCAGAGGAGCAGGCGGAGGACGCCGAGAUGGACGAGUCUGCCGACGAGAAUGAAGCAGACGCCGACGAGGUCGACGCCGAGGCCGUCCCCGACCUCCCCACUCGCCUCUCUCCCUCGCCACCCCCUCUCGAGCCCUUCCCUCUCCCGCGCAUGGCGCCCGCCCCCUCGGAUGCCGUCCUCUCGCGCCAGGGUAUGCCGUCUGGUCUCGCCGAUGCCGAGUUCAUCGAGCAGGACACUCGCCUGUCCGUCGCGGCUCUUGCCUCGUCUCUCGGUGCUGGUUCGGCGGGUCUUUCGGAGCGCACACAAAAGCGCCUCACCGACCUUGGUGUCGAGGAGUUCUUCGCUGUCCAGGCGGCCAUGCUCCCCCACCUUCUCUCGCUCCCUCUCGUCCCCCUCCCGCACGCUCCCCUCAGCGACUACCUCGUCUCCGCGCCCACUGGUAGCGGUAAGACGCUGGCUUACGCCAUCCCUGUCGUUGAGGUGCUCGCCAAGCGUGUUGUGCCCAGGUUGAGGGCUCUCAUUGUGCUCCCCACGCGUGACCUCGUCGUCCAGGUUCGCGAGACCCUCGAGGCUUUGGCAAAGGGUACUGGCUUGAUGAUUGGAAGCGUCACUGGUCAGCACUCGUUUGCCCAAGAGCAGACCAUGCUCGUUGGCGACUCUGACCCUCUGGUCGGCGGCGUCUCCAAGCUCGACAUUCUCAUCGCUACCCCUGGAAGGCUAAUGGACCACCUGGCUAGCACGCCCAACUUUACCCUCCAGCACCUUCGUUUCCUUGUCAUUGACGAGGCCGACAGGCUGUUGACCCAGAGCUUCCAGAACUGGCUCACCCAGGUGCUCUCCCACGCCGCGCCACCAGCGCGCAAGGAGGCCGCUCCCAAGGGUGUGCAGCCUUACGAUGCUGUCGCACCUGCAUGGACCGAGCCGCUUGGACUCGCCAGCGGCGAGUUUGAGGGCAGCGAGGGCGUUUCCUCCACGUGCCAAAAGCUCCUGUUCUCGGCCACGCUCACCCGCGACCCGGCCAAGGUUGCGGCGCUCGACCUGUCGUCGCCACGAUACUACAUUGUGCAGUCGUCUGCCAACCCGCUGACCGCGGCUGCGGUCGGCUCGUCGUUUGCCCUCCCGGCCGAGCUGGGCGAGAAGAUGCUCAUCCUCCCGCCCGCACUCAAGCCGCUCAACCUCAUCCACCUCAUCCACUCGCCCCAGUUCUCCGCCACCCCGGCCCUCGUGUUCGCCAAGUCGGUCGAGGCGGCCACGCGUCUCGUCAAGCUGCUCGAGUUCUUCGAGGACGCGUACGUGGGCGCCAAAAAGGUCGUUGUGCGUGGAUACACCCGCGACAUGCCGCCCGCCGAGCGUAAGCGCCUCCUCACAGACUUUGCCGCUGGCAAGGUGGACGUUGUGGUGGCGUCCGACCUCGUCGCGCGUGGUAUCGACUUGCCCGCUGUUGCGCACGUCAUCUCGUACGACGUGCCCCUCGACAUGACCAAGUACGUUCACCGUGCCGGUCGUACGGCGCGUGCCGGCCGCGAAGGUACGGCCUGGACGCUUGUGGAGAAGCAGGAGGCUAUCCACUUCAAGGCCAUGCUCAAGGGUGCUGGCCACGAGCAGGCCGUCAAAAAGGUCAAGGUCAAGGAGGACGAGUUGGCGGGAUACCGCGAGAGUUAUGACAUUUCCAUGCGCCGUCUGCGUGACGCGUACUCGCGUGACUAG